CGCCAUGAACCCUGCGACGGGACGACGGGACGACGCAUACGCGUUUUGCAUCGCCACAAAAUGCCUUCGAAUUCUUUCUUUCCCCCUUUCUCAAUACGGUCCUUGCCAUGUUUUCUUCCUUGUAUUCUUUGUAGUACUACUCAGUUCUCCAUCUCUUCAAGCUACGAACCUUCAAGCCUAGAAAUAUAUUUUUUACAUC